UAAUACUUGCGCUGCAUCUUUCGGUCGUUCUCGUUCAUACUCCUUCCUAACCUAGCCGCCAGUGCUCUCUGCUCGUCCCCAUCUCCUCCCUCUUUCUUUACGGGCGCAACGCUCAAUCGGGCAAGGCGGGAAUGAAACAGGAGGCGCGCAAGGCGGGAAGGGAGCCGUGCGCGGCGCCUACGGCGGGCGGCCACCGCGGAAUCAAGCGAGCAUCGGCAGACGAUGCGGGAAAGGAGCGGCGGCGGCCCGGCAGAGCGCGGCCAGGAGGCGGCACCGGCGGCGGGCGGCCGCGGAAUCGAGCGUUGGACCGGUGGAGCGCGGCGAGGAGGCUCGCGAUUUUGGAACGGGAAUGAACCGGGCGGUUCGAGCCAAACCGUCUGAUUCACGGUUUUUGACAAAACCGCACGGUUCACCUGGUUUUACCGGUCAGGUGGCCGGUCCGUUCCAGUGCGCUUCAGACCGCAUAGGUCUCCUUCCGGUUUUUUCAGUCGGACCGCCGGUGCGGUCCGGUUUUCAAAACUAGGGGCUUAUGCCCAGAGCAGAGCUUUGGACCUUUGGCACGGAGAUGGAUACCGAGACCGACACGAUUUGCGUGCCGGGCCGUGUUCCAGUCGGAUAGGAAAACCCUGGUAAAUAAAAUGAGACGGGAGAGGCUCACAUAAGCCGAGGAUUGAGGAACUCGAAUAGACUGGCAGCGAGAAUCAAUUUAGGGACAUCACCUGACUGAAUAAUCGGCCAUAUCGAAACGAUGGCGGCUGCGCUUCGGUGUGUGGCCAAGAAGAUCGGCGGUGGUGCCCUUUUGCAACCGCAGUCUUACUUUACGACGACCACUUCGGCGGCUGUCAGGGAGGCACAGCGGCAGCUGUUGCCGAGGAUUAGCCACGGCGGGAGCUCCCUCCACCAGUUCAGCUCCUCCGGAUCACCAAAUCUUAGCAAGCAUGGAGCUAAAUCCACCAAUAAUGCAGAACCCAUUCCAUCACCAUGGUCGCCUGGGAGCAACAAGUUUGUACCAAACUUUUUUAGGGUAACUGUAGCAGCAGUGACAAUAUAUGUUGUCACUUUCUAUGUGGAAGUCAACAGGUCCCGUAUAUUCGGGGUGUAGAAGCAGAAUGAUGAACGUUCAUCUGAUGCAUCUGAUUCGGAGAGUAAUUAGAGUUGUCUUAUCAACUGAAGAGUGUAUUUAUUUUCUAUUUACAUUGUUGUUGAACAAAUCUGAUGCUGAUUUACUUAAUACUCCUUCCGUUCCUAAAUUUUUGGUUGGAACGGAGGAGUACUUGCAUAGUCCAUUCUGCUUCUAUCGUA